GACGAGGGCCCCGCGAAGGCCUCCAGUUGGUUCCCAGGCGGUCCAAGAGGGUCCAGGAGGGCCUUAGCCAUUUUGGUUCAAGGCUAAAGUCGGACGGCGGUUGUGCCUUCAGUUUGUUCGUCCAGGAUCGCGAUGCACAGCAGGCAUGCGUUUCUUUUGUUCAGCCUCUGUGCGUCUCGCUCUCGUAGCUGCUCAAACUUUGCGAUGGACAAUGAGUACAGGCUCUCUGCCGAUACAAUGGAUUUCGGCUCGGUUCCGUACCAGUGGGUGAUCAUCACUCGGCCGCAGGGUGUGCCCGGCAUUCGGUCUUCAAGGUUUGGCUACGUCGGCUUCAUUGGAAAGCUCGGGUCUGUCCUGGAAGAGAAGCGUGUCGCUGAUGGCAUGAAUGCUGCGGGCCUCACCUGCGAUUCACACACUUUGCUCGGAACCCAAUACCCGGGCCGAAACGAGUCUCUGGACAACAUUGCUGCAGACUAUAUCUGUACGUGGGCAUUGGAGGGCUUCAGUUCUGUGGCUGAUCUCAAAGCUGCUCUUGGUGACGUUAACUUCGUCGAAGCGUCAGAUCCGUUUUUCCAGGGUCAGCAAUGGAUAUUCCGCGAUGCAUUUGGUCAUGGAUUAGUUUUGGAAUUCCUUGAUGGCCGCAUGGAAGCAUAUGAUGAUUUCAACGACGGAGGCAAGACCGGCUUCGGUAUUCUCACGAAUGAGCCGUCUUUCUUGUGGCACAAUGAGGCUGUGCGUCACUUGCAAUGGAAGCAGUCAUUGGUGCGCUCCGCAGUGGAGAUGCCAGGCUCCUGGUAUCCCGAGGCCCGUUUCCAGCGGCUGCAUUUGGUAAAGUCAGGCAUGCCAACGCCUAGUUCCUACCAGGAAGCGAUUAUGCAAACGGUGCAUGUACUCAACACCGUCACUGUGCCCAUGGGCUCGCAGAGGGGGACCGACUCCGGCAAAGGCGAGGGACUUGGGGACCAUACCCAAUACGCAGUCAUCUACGACAGCAAAAAACGUAUCGUUUACUGGAGGACGCAAGUCAAUCAGAACCUCCAGCGUCUUCGCCUCGAAGAUGCUGGACUUGAGAAGGGUGGUCAGGAGCAGGUGAUAGUUGCAGGAAGCCUUCAGUUGCCUUGGUUCAAUGAUGUCUCCAAGACUUUGACACCAAAGUCCACGGCCAGCACUCCCGGAGAGCUGUUUGAUUGAAGUGGCCUGCAAGGCUCCAGCUGCCCUUGCUUACCCUUACCUUACCCCAGACUCGUGGAGGCUUCUAUAGGCCAGGGCUGGCUGGAGCUGCCGCCCUGGAGCCGCAGCCCGGAGCACAUCCGGCCAGCUCCCCUUUUUGGGAUGUACGUGUGGAAUGGCACGCGGGCCCCGGCCCGGAGGGUGAGGCCGUGGUCUCGAUCGGGAGCCUCGAGAGGGGGGUCAAUGCAAACGGGGGUCAGCCAGGACACCGGAUCCUGCAGGAUCCUGCGAAGACCCCCUCUGGCUGACCCGGGUCAGCGAGCCGCUCGUGGCCGCGAGGGCGGCCGCGCAUAUUGGCUGACCCGGAUUUGCGAGGACCUGCGUUGCAGUUUUUUUUCCUGCAUUGCAGUUUUUGGUUUCCUGCUGACCGGGGUCUGGAUUGACCCGGGUCAGAAGAUCCCCGACUCGAGCAUUGGGCGGAGAAAUUAGUGAUAGCAGAAUUGAAGGAUAAGCCAGGCCAAGCUACCCUGUAGGGGGAGCAGGAGGAGGAAGGGAUCUCGAGCGCUGGUUGUUAUAGGUGCGUUCUGCAACGUGCUGCAGACUUGCGGUUUCACUGUUGGCGUCGUCGUUCGCGCGAGCUGCUUUUCCAUUUGCACCCACGUAGCGUCGCUUGCUGCAAGGCACGCCUGUAACAUGAAGGAACUCGCGUCAGUCGUCCUCCCAUCACUUGCACUGCCCACCUGAUCUCUUGGGUCCCUUCAGACUGGCAUGCAGGGAGGGGUGCCAGCUGAUGACGUACGUCCAUCCUUGAAUGAGGGGAUUCACGAUUUACCUCGAUCCAUUUUUUUCUUCUGCGACCGUUUUAUGUCGCGAGAGUGAGUGACGCCAGAGGCAGGUGUUCGAUCGUGGCCACCGUGCAGGCUCGGCCAUCCAGCUCCUGCGCAGAGGACCGCCGAGGGCCGCCAGAGACCUCCGACGAGCAGCCGUGGACCACCCGGAAG